CUCCUGUUUUUUUGGCAUUUCUCGUUACCAUUUCAAUGAUCUAUUACCAACGAAACUGUAAGAACUACUAUAAAAAGCUCUUAUUAAUUACUAUUAAGCAUGUUCCUUUCUCGAUCUGUAAAUAAGCAAAGCAUCCAGGGGCACUUUCAAAGUUUGCCACUUUCUCGGAAGCUUCGCGCUUCCUCUUUUAAAUAAUGAUCAAAACGCUCCGCCAUUUCGAUCUCCAUCACUAGUAUAACCACUACUGUCUUUCAUACAAAGUAAACUUAAUUCCAACGACAAGCAUCGCAUGAAAACACGCACACAUUCUCGAACUCAAAAAUCAUUAAUCCUAUCCUCCGCUUCAUGAGUUCCCGUUCCCGGUCUUUGACGCAUAACCGGCGACGUGACGAGUUUAGGCUUCCUCCGACGGCCUCCAUCAGGUCCCUCAAGACCUUACCGCCGGACCGACACUCCGACAUAGUUCGACGGCCCGGAGGUUUCACCACCGCCCCUAGAAGGCUUAAUUCUGCACCGUCCAUCGGCGGUUCCACCUCCGGGCUGACGAGGCUGCUGCUCAACGUGACGAUCGAGAGGAGCUUGGGGCCCGUACAGUUGGUCAUGCCGCAGGAGAACACGAUCCGGGACUUGAUAAAGGCAGCGCUGGAGAUCUACGAUAGGGAGAAGAGGAGGCCGUUGCUGCCGGCGACUGAUCCUCACCGUUUCGAACUCCACUACUCGCAAUUCAGCUUGGAGAGUAGGCGUCCGAGUUUGAGGCCAGAGGAAAAGCUGAUGAACUUGGGAUCUCGGAAUUUCUUUUUGUGCUCAAAGCCAUCCACGUCUGCAGGUUCUUCUUGCUCCGAGGAAGCAAAGAAGGCAACCGACAUUGCUUUUCCAUUAACAAAGUUGAUGGAUUUCUUGUUAUAGACCUUAGUUUAUAAGUUUUCUUUUCCUCCUCUUUUUCCAACAAAGCGCUGCUUUGAUGAUGCUUGUUAUUAAGAAUAAUUAUAUUUUAGUUUGUAUAUUAGGUGGCAUCGUUUGUAAAUUCUUUCAUAAAAAAGAAGAAUAAAAAAAAGGAAAGAAAGAGGCUCUCUUGUCUCUCAA